UUAUCUGGGCUUGGGAAUGUCUAAAAUGUAAUAUUAAUCUUUGGUAACUUUAGUCCAACUUAUUCAAGCUUCGAUGCACUUGUAUUUAAAUUUUUUUUUUCAUGGGUGAAUUGGAAUUAUGCUAUUAAUUAUCAUAAGAGCUCUUGUUGAAUAUUCUGAAGUUUGUUCCAAGUAGGUGUAUGUUGGUCACAUCUUGUCAGGGUGUACUUUGAAAAGUAAUCAGUGGCCUUGUUGGUCUGAUUUUCACUUCCAUGCAUUUUUUCUGAGUAUAACUUCGAGCAGGUUUCUAGUAUGAAACCUAAUUUUGUAGCUGGUUUUUUGAGUUUUAUGAUACUCUCUCUCUUUUAUUAUAAAUGCAAUAUAGGUGCAUAAGUUCCAGAAAUUUGUUUUUCCAGAUCUUUCGGUUUUGUCGAUCUAAGUGCCAUAAAAACUUCAAGAUGAAGAGAAACCCUCGCAAGGUAAAAUGGACUAAGGCUUACAGACGGGUGCAUGGGAAGGACAUGACUCAGGAUUCAACAUUUGAAUUUGAGAGGAAACGAAAUAGGCCAGAGAGAUAUGAUAGGGUUGUGGCAGAGGAGACUCUCAAGGCCAUUAAGAAAAUUGAUAAAGUCAGAGUGGACAGGGAUGCCCGACACCAUGCAAAGAGGAUGAAGGGAAAGAAGGCCCAAGUGUGGAAAGAAGCUGCAAAGGAACUGGAACAGAGCAUUCACAUGGUCAAAGCUCCUGCUGCUCUCCAAAAAGAGCCCUCCCUCACAUUGCCAAAGGUUUCCCAGAAGCAAGCAGAGGACCGUAUGGUAGAAUAGUUGUAUUGCCAUUGCACGGCUCUUUCGCUCUUCUUUUUACUCUGUUUUCUGGUAUGGAACUUCUCAACCAAAAAGAAAUGAUUUUUAUCCAUCGUGAAACUUAUUUGGACAUGCAUUGAAAUUUUGAUCUCACUGUUUAGUACAUUCUGAUUCGGUC